AUGAGCGGCGGAAGCAGCGGCGGGCCCGGCGCCUCCUCGCCCACCAAGCCGCGCCCUUCCACGCGGUCCCCGACCCUCCAUCCCACACCCCGCGCCGCCGCCGCCGCCCAGGACCGGCGGCGCUCGCCCCGGGCGCCCUCGCCCCUCCCGCCCCCGCUCCUCCUGACCGUCCGCUUCUCCAGCUCCCUGCCGGACCUGCUCCUCGACAUCCCCUACCCGAAGCGCACCACCGUCGCCGCCCUCAAGCACCUCAUCCGCGGCCGCCUCGCCGAGCCCAACUCCCAGCGCCGCCUGCGCUUCAUCCACGGCGGCCGCAUCCUGCCCGACGCCUCCGUCCUGUCCGCCGUCCUUCGCGCGCCGCCGCCUCCCCCGCCCUCGUCCCCGCUGCCCGGCGGCGGCGGCGGCGGCAGGGGCGACCGCGAUGCGGCGGCAGCCGACCCCAGCGGCAAGGGCAAGCUCGUCGAGGGCAAGGAGCUCGCGCAGCGCGUCUACGUCAACUGCAGCAUAGGAGACUCCCUGACGGACGAGGAGCUGCGCGCCGAGGCCGAGGCCGCCGAGACCCCCGUCCCCGCCGACGAGCCGUCGCCGGCGGCCGCUGGCGGUGGUGGACCCGCGGGACUACGACGGGACAACGGCGGGCGGCCGCGCGCGACGGGCCUGCAGGUCGACACCGGCGUUGCGGGUGGCGGGAGCGGCCUCCAGGCCCGCCGGGCGGCCAACACGACGCAGGCCCCGCGCGGCUUCGACAGGCUGCUCUCGACGGGCUUCACGACCGCCGAGGUGAACCAGCUGCGCCUGCAGUUCCGCUCCAUCCAGGCGUCGAGGCACACGCCCGAUACCAUGCCGUCGCCCGACACGCUGCGGAGCAUGGAGGACGCCUGGAUCGACAAUAACAAUAGUGGCAUGGGCGUGACCCCCGGGGAGGGAGGCGAGGGCGUGGCAGGUGCCGACGGAAAUGUAGACGAGUUCGGCAUCAACGGCCUGCUCGACGUCCUGUUGCGUGGUAUGUUGAUCGGGUUUAUCUGGCCGCUUGGCAGUGUCGGGUGGCUCGUUCGAGAAGAAGGCUUGUGGAGUCGGAAAUGGUCUGUUUUCGUAACCUUUGGCUUUGUCCUGAGCCUUGUCAUCGGCAUGAUACGUGCCAUAUCUGGUGAUGUGUAG